AUGGGCUUGGUCCAUGGGCCCAUGGUGCUGGAAACAAGGCACUGCUCUCUGCCCGUUGUGCCCCCUCCUUCCUUGUCAAACGCCAUCUUAGCACGCGUGCUAACGCGAGUGCUCGGCACUACGGGCUGGUGUCGCUGUGAUUCGACGGCAGGGGCCGUGAUGGGCAGUGCUGUCAUGGCCUUGACCCCCCUCUGCUCGCCUCGCAUCCCCCCCAUGGCUCGCGCAUUCCCAUUCCCAUUCCCAUUCCCAUUCCCAUUCCCAUUCCCGACUCAAGGGCACCGGGCUUCAUCAGACAGCAAAGGCGCCAGGGUUUCAGUCAGUCGGCGUAGUGCUCUCACGCUCGGGGAACAGGAAGCUGAGCCGCGACAGCUUGUAGCCGAGCCGGGGGGGGCGUCGGGGUCGAAUCUGAGUCCGAGUGGACAGGAGCAGCAGCAGCAGCAGCAGGAGGAGCAGCAGGAGCAGGCUCCACGACGCGCGGGCGGACUGGUGCUGCCUGUGCGUGUCCCUCUGGCCUCCAACGCGCCUGCUUCCGGCCUGCCGCCGGCCGGGCUCCGGCCCGCCUCAUUGGCCCAGCGCGCCCUGCCUGCUUACCCCAAAUCCCACCCCUCCACCGCCUCCACCAUCCGCCGUCCCUCAUCCACUCACUAUCGCCCGCAGCUUCCUGCAAGCACGUGUGUCGCUGCACCCCCCGGCCCAUCGCUCGGCCGCCCUCGGUGGCUAUCCAAUCUACUUACUCUAGUCCUCUACACUUACUCAGUUGGCCCUACCAGCUCCACUGGCGGGCUGACCGACACAGCCAAGUACACAUCCCUCGCCCAUCCAGAACCACUGCUUUGUCCUCUCGUCGACUUUCCGGGGAGCGGCCCGCUGCAAUCCCGGCGCCGUUGA